GAACCAAUAACGAUUUUGAUUGUUCCUUGCAGAACACUCAUUUUUCUAUGACUUUCUAAACCACAAAAACGAACACCAUCACCACCGCAGAUCACCGAGCAAUGCCGACGGGUUUACCGGCGGUGAACUCCUCCGUCGCAUCCGACGACGAGGGGUGGGUGUGGGCGCAGAUCAAGGCGGAGGCUCGGCGCGACGCGGAGUCGGAGCCGGCGCUGGCGAGCUACCUCUACUCGACGAUCCUCUCGCACUCGUCGCUGGAACGCUCUCUCUCGUUCCACCUUGGGAACAAGCUCUGUUCCUCCACGCUCCUCUCCACGCUCCUCUACGACCUCUUCCUCAACGCCUUCUCCUCCGACCCCUCCCUCCGCUCCGCCGCCGUCGCCGACCUCCGCGCCGCCCGCGAACGCGACCCCGCCUGCGUCUCCUACUCCCACUGCCUCCUCAAUUACAAAGGCUUCCUCGCUUGCCAGGCACACCGAGUGGCUCACCUGCUGUGGCGGCAAUCGCGGCGGCCUCUGGCGUUGGCGCUGCACUCUCGGAUUGCCGAUGUGUUUGCUGUGGACAUUCACCCGGCAGCAAGGAUUGGGAAGGGGAUUCUGUUUGACCAUGCCACCGGGGUGGUGGUGGGGGAGACGGCAGUGAUUGGGAACAACGUGUCGAUUCUGCACCAUGUUACGCUGGGUGGGACUGGUAAGGCUGGUGGGGACAGGCAUCCCAAGAUUGGGGAUGGGGUGCUUAUUGGUGCUGGUGCUACUAUUCUUGGGAAUAUUAAGAUUGGGGAAGGUGCGAAGGUUGGUGCUGGGUCAGUGGUUCUGAUCGAUGUGCCACCAAGGACCACGGCGGUUGGGAACCCUGCGAGGUUGGUUGGUGGGAAGGAAAAGCCCUCUAAGCAUGAGGAUGUGCCUGGGGAGUCCAUGGACCAUACUUCCUUUAUCUCUGAGUGGUCAGAUUAUAUCAUUUGAAUUUAUAAGAUGAAUCAGUGAACGGAUGAAUACUUUAAAUCAAUUACUAUCUGCUCUGCUGUUAUAGAAUUUUGUAAUUUUAUGUUUGAAUUGAGGUUUUGUAGUGAAUAUACUCUGUUGAAGAGUGAACCUGUAAAUGAGUUUAAUAAGGGUAUGAUGAUUGGUAAUAUGGAAAUUUUGGUUACUGCUUA